CGGCCGGCACAAUGUUGAAAGUCGUUGGUGCAUCGUGGCAAAAAACGCGGAUAGGGACCUACAUACUCAUCGGAGCUGGUCUGCUGGUCAUAGGAGCCUUUUUUAUAGGCUACAUGGAGCGUCCCACUUAUGAUGGCACCUACUGCGCCACGGCCUUGUGGACGAAGCAGGUGGGCUUCACUAUCGAGAACUGGAAGCAGCAGAAUGAUUUGGUCAAUAUUCCUCAAGGUGUGGCUAGGAUUUGCUACAAGGAUUCGGUUUACGAGAAUGGUUGGGCUCAAAUCGAGGUGGAGACCCAAAGAAGUUAUGACGACUGGGUUCAGGCCUAUGCGGCUGGCCUGCUGGAGGGUUCGCUGACCUGGCGGAACAUCUACAAUCAGUGGGUCAAUACCAUUGCCACCUCCUGCGAUCGCGAUGAUAGUUCCCGGAAAUUCUGUGGCUGGCUGAGGGAACUCCUAACCACCAACUUUGAGCGCCUGAAAACGCAGACAGCUAAGGGUGAAAACGAUCAUUACUGGCAUCAGUUGCAUUUGUUUGUCAACCAGCUGGAGGGCCUGGAAAAGGGCUACAUUCGUGGAGCAACUCGUGCUCGCUCCGAACUCGAAGGCGAGAUUCCCUUCUCCGAUUUCCUGCUGAUGAAUGCCGCUGCCGAUAUCCAGGAUCUAAAGAUCUACUACGAGAACUAUGUGCUGCCCAAUGGCACAGCUAAUGGCGAGGAUGCGGCCACUGACCAGCCCAAGAAUUUCUUUCUGCCCAGCGCCACCAUGCUAACAAGGAUUGUUCAACCGGAGCAGGAACCCCAGAAACUACAGCUGCUCUUUGGUCACAGCACUGCAGGCAGCUAUUCCUCCAUGCUGAGGAUCCAAAAGCGCUACAAGUUCCACUAUCAUUUCUCACCGAAGCUCAGGAGUAACACUGUGCCCGGGGUGGAUAUAACAUUUACAGGAUAUCCCGGGAUACUCGGCUCCACCGAUGACUUCUAUGUGAUCAAGGGAAGGCAUGUACAGGCUAUCGUUGGUGGCGUAGGCAUCAAGAAUGAGAAUCUGCAGCUGUGGAAGUCGGUGGAUACGAAGAAGAUGGUGCCUCUGGUGGCUCGUGUGAUGGCUGCCAAUAGGAUUUCCCAGAGCCGGCAGACUUGGGCCAAUGCCAUGUCCAGGCAUCCCACUACUGGGGCCAAGCAGUGGAUCACUGUGGAUCUGAAGAAGCUGGGCGAUCAGGAUCAGCUGUACAAUGUCCGAGAAGGCGAUGAUAAGCACGAUGAUGCUGCGGUGACUGUGAACGAGAAGGAUAGGACUGCCAUCCUGAACCGCCACGAUCAGCUGAAGGACAUGGUAUGGAUUGCCGAACAGCUGCCGGGUAGUCUGACCAAGAAGGAUGUCACCCAGAACUUCCUGGUGACCCCAGGCAACUCAUCCUGGCUGGCCAAUGGAGUGCCCUAUCACAAGAGUGUCCUGGAGGCCAGUGGUGUGAGCUACAGCGAGGAUCAGCAGCUCUCGGAGGCGGAUGAGGCCGAGUUGACGAACCUCGAGGCAGUGGACAAGUAUCUGCGAACCCAUGGCUUUCGCGGGGAUCUUCUGGGCGGCGAAGAGUCGAUUGCCUAUGGCAACAUAGAUCUGAAGCUGUUCUCCUACAAUGCCCGUCUGGGUGAGAGCGACUAUCAUGCCUUUGCGGGACCAAUAUUCCUCAGGCUACAGCAUGUCCAGCCCAGGGCCUUGGAAGAUCAGAGCGAGGACGGUGCUCCCACCGCCGCCAUAGGUGAUGAAAGGCUCAGUGUGAGCAUCGAUGAUGCCGCCAGUUUGGCGGAAUUGGAACUCAUCACCGAACGGCGACCGGUGCGCAAUGAUAUGAGAGCCAUUGCCAUGAGGCGGAUUGGCUCCGGACCCUUCAAGUGGUCCCAGAUGAGUCCAGCCGAGGAGGUCGGCGGCCACGAGGGUCAUCCCGACGAGUGGAACUUUGACAGGUUCUCCCCAAAGUGGGCGUGGACGGAGGAGAACGCUAAAACCCAUAGAACCCAACCGAAUUUGCAUCAUCCCUAGAUCCAAGCUUUCCACUUGUAUGUUUAGUUUUCCCGUCUCCUAGGCCUCGUCUAAUUUGUGUGUUUCUAGUUGGUAGUCGCAUCCUAAAUCUUUCGUCCAUAGUUUUGUAGAGUGUACUGUACUUAUGUGCGUGUCCUUGGGUGUCCCAUCAAUGUCAAUUGUUGUCUUCCAGCUAUUUUAACAUUUUUAUUUCAUUCUCGUAGGUCUUUUGUAAAUUAGCAAACAAAAUUGUAAACAAAUUUUAUAUUAGCAACAAAUUUUUGUACUUUAGUAACUUUAUAAAAAAAACAAUAAAUAAAUAAAAAUCAAAGCAGA